CACUCACUCAGUGCAUUUCUCUGUUCAUCAUGGAAAUGGAUCACAUCUAUGGAAAUGUAUGUGAAGAUAAAACUGAGAGCUACAGAGCUUCUCAGGCCACCUUAAAGGCCACCACAAAGGUUCAGAUUCCCCUCCUGAUCAUUGGAGCGAUUCUGCUUCUUGGUGUAGCAGUUCUUGGUACAUUGACAUACAAAUAUGCAAGUAAACUAAGUGAUGAACAAAAGAAGUUUGCCCUGAUGGAUGCUCAAUAUAAGAAUAUAUCAGCUGUUUUGAAUAACACCGAUGCACAGUACAAGGAUUUACUGGCAACUUACAACAUAUCCUCAGGUAAACUAAGUGAUGAACAAAAGAAGUUUGCCCUGAUGGAUGCUCAAUAUAAGGAUAUAUCAGCUGUUUUGAAUAACACCGAUGCAAAGUACAAGGAUUUACUGGCAACUUACAAAAUAUGCUCAACUGAAUGCAGUUGUAGGGCUUGUCCAGAGGGAUGGAAGCAUCAUAAAGGAAAGUGCUACCUGUUCUCCUCUUCAAAAAUGAACUGGGAGGGAAGUCGAGACCACUGCAUCACCUUAGGGGGUCACCUAAUCAUUGUGAAUAAUCAAGAGGAGCAGAAUUUUCUGGCUGCACAAGCAAAAGGUGUCAGCCACUGGAUUGGACUGAAUGAUCGUGCAGUGGAGGGACAAUGGCGUUGGGUGGACAACAUAAGUCUCAACGAGACAGGAGCUAUUUUCUGGUACAAAAGAUCAGACCCCAAUCAAGCAGAUGAGCCAGAUAACUGGAAGAAGGAGGAUCCUUUGGGAGAGAACUGUGCCAGCAUUUACCUCACCGCGGAUUGGCAUGACAAUUCCUGUAAAACAAAUUAUCCAUUUGUUUGUGAGACAUUGGCUAGUUCUUGACAUGUAAUUUCAUAAAAUAUUCCAAAUGACAAUGAUCUGUUUAAUUUCACACAGACUUGCUUUAUUCUGUGGGAUAUUUUCAUUUUGUAAGAGCCAAUUCUGUGAUUCAAUUCUGUAUUUUUGUUUUUAAUGUAGGGCUAAUGCAAAGGUUAUGUA